CCCCCCCGCCGUGGCCAUGGCCGUGGAAAAGAAAGAGCCUGGAGGUCAGUCUCGGCGCUUUCGUCCCACGAGGUGCUACUUGCGGGUGCAGUUGACGUUCGCUGCGCAGGAGCCGAUGCCUGCAAUGCCCACUAGCCUGGUGCUGGAAACAACCAUUCAAGAGGCCAUGCAGAGCUUCUUCGGGAGCUGUGGUUCCAGCUUGUGCCAGUGGUCACUACUCUCAGCGCCGAACGACUCCGGCGAGUUCCUCCUCCGCUGUGCGCCCAACGCCCUGCCGGAGCUCCGUGCCGCUUUGACGCUGCUGACCCGCUGUGGCGGCCGGCGCUGCCGUGCCGACGUGCGGGCAGUGGCACCUUCACUGGCGGCGCUUGCUUGUGAAAGAUGACAGGUUCCCAACGGCUUGCUUCGAGAGAUGAAAGCCAUGAAGUUUUAAGGUCAAAACUCUGGAGUUUCGAGGUCCCUGCAGGAACCGCAGCGACCAGUGUCAUCGCGUUUUUGGGCGAAGCAUGUUUUUUAGGGCCAAAUGCAUGGAAUCUCAUGCUUGUGAUGUUUACUUGAGGAUGAAUUGCAAUGACUGAUUCGCAGAUUCGCUGCUCUAUUUCCCGAGUGUGUCAGCUGAUGCUGCCUAAGCGGUCGAGACAUGUCUUCGGGAUCUUGGGCGAUCUCAGUGCCAAAGGUGCACCUGGCCACAGAGGCUUGAGUG